CGAAUGUACAGAUCAGCUGUGUGUUAUGCCGGCCACGCUCCUCCUAAGGGUGUCAAUGCUGACACAGAGAUGAACAAUGAACAUGGACAUUUGAAAAUAUACCUGCCCAAAAAGCUGCUUGAAUGUCUACCAAAAUGCUCCUCGUUGCCGAAGGAGAGACACAGGUGGAACACCAAUGAGGAAAUCGCAGCUUACUUGAUAACAUUUGAAAAGCAUGAGGAAUGGUUAACGACGUCCCCUAAAACAAGGCCACAGAAUGGGUCGAUGAUUCUGUACAACAGGAAGAAGGUGAAGUACAGAAAAGACGGCUACUGCUGGAAGAAGAGGAAAGAUGGCAAGACCACGCGGGAGGAUCACAUGAAGCUCAAGGUCCAGGGGGUGGAGUGUCUGUAUGGUUGCUAUGUCCACUCCUCCAUCAUCCCCACCUUCCACCGCAGGUGCUACUGGCUGCUCCAGAACCCAGACAUCGUGCUGGUCCACUACCUGAAUGUUCCGGCCAUCGAGGACUGUGGGAAGCCGUGCGGGCCCAUCCUCUGCUCCAUCAACACGGACAAGAAGGAGUGGGCCAAGUGGACCAAGGAGGAGCUCAUCGCCCAGCUCAAGCCCAUGUUUCAUGGCAUCAAGUGGACUUGCAGCAAUGGGAGCAGCAGCUCAGGCUUCUCAGUGGAGCAGCUGGUGCAGCAGAUACUGGACAGCCACCAGACCAAGCCAACCCCCCGGACCCACAACUGCCUCUGCACAGGCACCCUGGGCGCGGGCAGCAGCGUGCACCACAAGUGCAACAGUGCCAAGCACCGCAUCAUCUCCCCCAAAGUGGACCCGCGCUCCAGCAGCUACAGCAGCGCCCACUCCGAGCUCCAGAACAGCGACGUGUCCGAGGGCAAGACCGAGCACAGCCACGCGGGAGGAGGUGCCCGGGAGAAGCGCAACGGCAAGGUCCACAAGCCGGCGCUGCUGCACCAGAACAGCACGGAGGUGUCGUCCACCAACCAGGUGGAGGUGCCGGACACCACGCAGAACUCGCCCGUGUCCAUCAGCAGCGGGCUGAACAGCGAGCCGGACAUGGCCGACAGCCCCGCCGUGGUGGGCGGCAUGGGCCACGUGGCCAACGUCAUGGGCGGCCUCUCCCAGAGCGUCUUCAUGUCCGAGGUGACCGGCGACCCCGUCUACAGCAUGUCGCCGUCCGGCGGGCCCAACGCCCACAUCAUGGGGCCGGACGCGGCCCACGGCCUGGUGCUGGCCGUGGCCUCCGACGGGCACAAGUUCGCCUUCCCCGGGGCCGCCGGGCCGGACGGGAGCGGCGGUCCGGUCGGCGUCGGCGUGGGCUCGGACGGCCUGUCCAUGCUGUCCGCCGCCGGCGAUGAGCUGGUGCUCUCCAGCAGCCUGGACUCGGCCAACCUCAAGAUCUCCGAGACCGCCAUGAACUUCGACCCCGACUGCUUCCUCAACAACCCCAAGCAGGGCCAGACGUACGGCGGCAGCGCCAUGAAGGUGGACGGCUCGUCCGGCAGCGCCUCCUCGUCCUCCGGCGCGGGCAGCUCCAACGGCAGCCUCCAGCACUCGCCGUCCGUGUCCGACUCCGGCUACGGCUACAGCGCCGCGCUGGUCAAGAACAUCAAGACGGAGGACAUGUCCUUCGAGCAGCAGCUGGCCAAGGAGAGCGUGUCCUGUUCGUCGGGCGGCUCGGCCCAGGGCUCCCUCACGCUGACCCCCGCCGGCUCUCUGCUGCCCUCCGGUGGAGGCCUGAGCCCCAGCACCACGCUGGAGCAGAUGGACUUCAGCGCCAUCGACACCAAGCAGGACUUCUCCGCGUCCGUGGCCACCUCGGUGGGCUACGGCGUCCACGCCAUGUCCAGCCCCCACCUGGCCCACCAGGGCCGCAGUCCCAGCUUCUUCCUGCAGGAGGCGCCACAGACCAGCCAGGCCCAGCAGCAGCAGCAGCAGCAGCAGCAGCAGCAAGGCAGGUCCGGCACGGGGCAGAAGAGCCACCUCUCCCUGGAGCACAACUCCCACGACGGCUCCUACAUGGGCCUGCAGGUGGUCAAGACCGACUCGCCUGGCAGCAACGGCCACCUCCACCACCACCACCCGCACCAGAGUCAGCACAGAGCCAACUGCAACGGGGUCUCCCCGUCCGAGGCCCAGGGUCAGGCCAGCUCGCUUCAGCUGCUGCAGUACCAGGGAGGCUUCCCGGGACUGGGGCCCGAGCACGAGGAGGUGGUGGGCCUGGAGCAGCAGGGCGGCGGCCAGGCCGGGGCCACCGAGAACGGGGGAGACGGCCUACUCAAGCCCGGGGAUCACCUCCAGGCCUGCGGAGGAGGAGGAGGAGGAGGUGGAGGAGGAGCAAACGGUGACGGUGGAGGCGGCGCAGCGGAGCACUACAUGCAGCAGAACGCGGAGGGCGGAGGAGGUGGCGGAGGCGAGGGCAUGAGGAACGGCAACGGCGGCAACACCAACGGCACCUCCGCCCAGCAACACGUGGCGGCCCACCAGGGCCUGAGCGGCGGGGGUGGAGGCGGCGGAGGAGGAGGCUCCUCCGGCAGCAUGGAGAUCAGCCUGGACCACUUCGACAUCUCCUUCGGCAACCAGUUCUCGGACCUCAUCAACGACUUCAUCUCGGUGGACGGAGGGGCCUCGGCCGUGGGGCCCGGCGCCACGCUCUACGCCCACCAGCUGGUGGCGCCACCGCCAGGCUCGGACGGCCAGGCGGGCGGCGGCGGGGGCGCCCAGUCCCAGGGCCAGGAGGACGGGGGCAACAGGGGCACCACCAGCUACAGCCCCGCCGAGCUCUGCCUCCAGUCCUGCUGCAGCCCCCAGUCCCUGGGCGGAGGAGGCGCGGGAGGAGGCGCAGGGGAGCAGGGCUCGCUGGCCUACAUGCAGGUAGCCGAGGUGGUGUCCGCUGCCGUGGCUCAGGGGGCCCUGGGGAUGCUGCAGGCCACCGGCCGCCUCUUCAUGGUCACUGACUACUCCCCCGAGUGGUCCUACCCUGAGGGAGGGGUGAAGGUGCUCAUCACUGGCCCCUGGCAGGAGGCCAGCAGUAACUACAGCUGCCUGUUUGACCAGAUCUCUGUGCCCGCCUCCCUCAUCCAGCCUGGAGUCCUGCGCUGCUACUGCCCUGCCCAUGACACCGGGCUGGUGACCCUGCAGGUGGCGGUCAGCAGCCAGAUCAUCUCCAACUCGGUGGUGUUUGAGUACAAGGCCCGCGCACUGCCCUCCCUGCCCUCUUCGCAGCACGACUGGCUCUCUCUGGACGAUAACCAGUUCAGAAUGUCCAUCCUGGAGCGGCUGGAGCAGAUGGAGCGCAGGAUGGCCGAGAUGGCCGGCCACCAGCAGCAGGGAGGAGGAGGAGGAGGAGGAUCAGGAGGAGGAGGCGCUGGCGGAGGCAACGGAGGAAACAGCGGGCAGUCUCAGUGUGUCUCGGUGCAGGGCCAGGCGGGCAGCUCCUUCGAGAGCCGCGUGGUGGUGGUGUGUGAGAAGAUGAUGAACCGCGCCUGCUGGGCCAAGUCCAAGCACCUGAUCCACUCCAAGACCUUCCGCGGGAUGACCCUGCUGCACCUGGCCGCCGGACAGGGCUACGCCACCCUCAUCCAGACCCUCAUCAAGUGGCGCACGAAGCAUGCCGACAGUAUUGAUCUGGAGCUGGAGGUUGACCCUCUCAACGUAGAUCACUUCUCCUGCACCCCUCUGAUGUGGGCGUGUGCGCUGGGUCACCUGGAGGCCGCCGUGGUCCUCUACAAGUGGGACCGCCGGGCGCUGGCCAUCCCCGACUCCCUGGGCCGCCUGCCGCUGUCCAUCGCCCGCUCUCGCGGCCACACCAAGCUGGCCGAGUGCCUGGAGCAGCUGCAGCGGGAGGAGCAGCAGACGCCCUCGUCCCUGCCCCCUCCGCCGCCCCCGCCCCCGCCGCCCAGCUCCCGCCUGGGCUUCUCCCCCGGACCGGGCCCCGGCUCCGGCCACGACGCCCCCACCUCCGACGGCGGCGGCUGGAUGGUCAACUGGGCGGCGGACGCGGUGAUGGCCCCCAGCGGCCAGAGGAGCGGCUCGGGCACCACCACCACCAGCACGGCCAGCAGCGUGACCUCCGACCUGAGGAGGCCGCGGUCAGAGCCCUCCCACUACUACAGCAGCGAGUGCCAGCGGGACCUGCCCCUGGCCAAGAAACACAAGCCCAACCCCGAGGCGGCGGGGGCCCACACCAGACCCGACAAGGCCACCUCCGUCCCCCUCAGCCUGGAGCAGCAGCAGCUCCACAAGCUCUCCUCCAGCCCCAAGACCCUCUCGCCCCAGCCCCUCAGCCCAGACAAGGGCCUCGAGGACGGGGCGGCCGGCGGAGGUGGUGGCGGUGGCGGCGGUGGAGGUCCGUUCAGGGCAGCGGGAGCCAAGUGGAGCUCGAGGGAGGUGUAUCCUGGGAGGAAGGGCGGAGGAGGUGGAGGAGGAGGAGGAGGUGGCGUGAGCCUGGGGAAGGAGAAGCUGGCGGGGAGGCUGCGUCAGCGCGAGCCCCUCAGCAUGCUGAUGAUGACGGAGAGGGAGAUGGUGGACACGGAGCUGCUCAGCUACAGGGAGGACCUGGAGAACCAGGACUGCCUCACACACAUGGACCACCUGCAGGUGAACAUGAUGACCUUGGCCGAGCACAUCAUCGAGGCGACGCCCGAGCGCAUCAAGCAGGAGAACUUCGCCGCCGCGGAGCCCGCGCCCCUGGACAGCGCCGGCGUCAACAACACCAUGAGCUGGCUCGCCAGUUACCUGGGCGACGCCGAACACCUCCCCAGCAUCAUCCAUCUCCGGUCCCUGUACAGCGAGCCCCUGACUCCCUCGUCCAACCCCGGCCUGAGCCCCGGCGGGUCGCCCCUGCGCGAGGGCCCGCUGGACAAGCCCGGCCUGCCGUCCCCGGCCGAGUGGAGCGAGUUCCUGAGCGCGUCCAACAGCAAGGUGGAGCGGGACCUGGCCCAGCUGACGCUGUCCGACCCCGAGCAGAGGGAGCUGUACGAGGCCGCCCGGCUGGUGCAGACCGCCUUCCGCAAGUGCAAGGGCCGGCCGCUGCGAGAGCAACAGGACGUAGCCGCCGCCGUCGUCCAGCGCUGUUACAGGAAGUAUAAACAGUAUGCACUUUAUAAGAAGAUGACGCAGGCCGCCAUCCUAAUCCAGAGUAAGUUCCGCAGCUACCACGAGCAGAAGAAGUUCCAGCAGAGCAGACGGGCAGCCAUGCUGAUCCAGCAAUACUACCGCAGCUACAAGGAGCUGGGCCGCCUGCGGCCCCACCGCCGCACCGCCUCCGCCGCCCUGGUGCAGCACAAGCUCAGAAGCAGCCUGCUCACCAAGAGGCAGGACCAGGCGGCCCGCAAGAUCAUGAGGUUCCUGCGCCGCUGUCGCCACAGCCCUUUGAUGGACCAUAGACUGUUCAAGCGGAGUGAAAGAAUUGAGAAGAAGCAGGGAACAUGAGAGCAUGCAGGACAGCCCCCUCACCAUGUGACAUCAUUCUCCAGAUCUCCUCGUCUUUCCGUUUUUCCGUUCGAGCCAGAGACGUUUUACAACAGAAGAAAAAAAAAGAGAGAAAAUGAAAAAAGAGAUGAAAAUUCAUUGAGAACACUGUAACUAUUACUACUACGGUACUAUUGAUUCUACUUCUGCGAGUACAUGUAAAACAGCAUUUUUCAUAUCUCCUCUGUCUUUCUUUAUGAGGGAAAAAGGCCACUUUUAUGACUUCAACAAAAAAAACUCUGUAAAAGGGAGACUUGUAAGAGGAAGGACAUUCGCUUCAUGGCAUUUUUUUGCACUUUUUUCAUGGAUUGAUUUCUCAUUUGUUUUUAAAUUGUUUUCGUUUUUGGAAGCAUGAAUAGCGGGAAAAAAUAAGGAUACUAGAAAGGACCCUUUACAUCAUGAGGAUCACACCAAGUGGACAAAGAGAAGAAGUCAACGAGCCAAGACAAGCUACGGAGUCAUCUAGGGAACGGAGAGAAACCAGGCUCUAUGUGUGUGUGUCAUGUUUUUAUGUGACUUACUGAUCCUGUCGGAGGCAAAACAAAAAAAGAACCAAAAAUUGUUGGUAAUUCAUAAACCACUUGUACACCGAAAGAAACAAACAAUGCACCAAUCUGACAUCAUCUCCAUGAAAUAGAUAUCUAGCCAGGGGUCAAAACCCCCCAUGAACGUAGGAGAGGUGUGGGCAAAGUAAAUGCAAAUUUGAUUUUGCUAUCUUUGACAAGAAUUGGAGGGGAAUCAAAUUGGACUAAAGUGUUUGUAUUAACUGACUUAAUAUGAAGUAUUAAAUCUUUAUAAUAGCUUGGGCAGGGGUAUGCACAUUUUCAUUUGUCUUGCUUUUUCCUUUGUUCCGUUGCUUGAAUCAACACCACGACCGUCUUAAUUAAAAGUCAAUAUCAGUGCUAGUCUGCAACGUGUGUGUGUGUGUGUGUGUGUGUGUGUGUGUGUGUGUGUGUGUGUGUGUGUGUGUGUGUGUGUGUGUGU